AUGAUCAAUGCAGCGACGUCGCGUUAUGCCAUCCUUCUCAGUUGUGCAGCAUUUGUGUCCUUUUUCCUCUUGACACUGCCCGGUGCACCUCUUGUUCACUUUUGGAGACUGCAAGAGCGCGCCUUUGAUCCCUUCUUCUACACCGCGGCCGCGAUACCAGCUGAUGCGAUGCCAGCGUGGCUCGCUGAAAUUGGCGACGAAACGAGCCUGGCACGGCUCAAUCUUCCAGGCACUCAUGAUUCCGCUGCUCGCUAUGGUGGAAGCAGCUAUGAGUGCCAGUCGUUGACAAUCCGCGAUCAGCUCGAGCUGGGUAUCCGCUGGCUUGAUGUGCGGUUACGCUAUGACAGCCGUGGUGUCUUGCAAGCACAACACGGUCGUGUCUCUCAGCGCGCAACCUUUCCAGAGCUGCUUGCAGACAUCAACGCCUUCUUGGAAGCAAACCCAUCGGAGUUUGUUCUUCUCAAGGUUCAGCAAGAGAAAAGCACCGAACAGACCAAGUUUGGUGCCUCUGUCGAGCGUGAUCUUGAGCUCUCUGGUGCAAAUGUAUUCAAAAGGAUCGUCACUUCAUCUGCACAGUUACCACUUCUGGGUGAACUACGCGGGAAGAUUAUGCUGAUGCCCCGUUUCUUCACUGUGUCAUUUGGAACUAUCCAAUAUGAAGCGCUGGUUGCGCAAGACGACUUCCAAGCAUCUAUCGAGCAAAAGAGGCAUGCCAUUUCUACAAGCUUUGAUUCAAUCGCCCCAGUCACUGCUCUGAGCGCGGCUCUUGGUCAGAAGGUUGCUUGGAUUCGUGAAGCGCAAAGAUCACCGCUUGCAAAGACUGGCGCAGCAGAGCUUGGCCUUUAA